GUGUUUUAAACUCUUAAGUGAAAAUAUCAAUGAUAUAUAGUAAGCGCAGUCUUGCUAUAACACGCAAAAGAUUUUCAUUGGUUUUCAAAGUUAGCUUCUUUUUAUAAAACACAUAUAAUUUUGAUUUGUAAAAAAAUGUUGCCAAAAGCGAUACAUUUUCUUAUUUUACUGGAUUUGUUGAUAAUAUGUCAGGCCUCUGAAAAAAAGGAUUUCAACUUGGUAUUGGGUCAGCCAUACUAUGAAAUCGUAAACCCUCAAAUUAUUCAACGAUUAGAAUAUUUCUAUAAGCAAUUGGUACCCGGUCGAUAUUCUGGUAACUGCAUUUUUAUUCUCAAUCAACAAUUGGAUAAAAAUCUCGAUGUUCAAUUGAAAAUUCUACUGGGAAUUCGUGGAAAAUCUGUUAAAUUCAUAGAUCUAAAGGUGAAUAUGUGUGAUAUCCUAUACAGAGGCAUGUCAAUGUCCAUAGCUAGGAAAAUUAUGGUGAAUAUUUUACAAAAAAGCAAUUUUCCGCGAAAAUGUCCUUUCAAAGCGAAUUUUAUCUACAAUGCAUCCAAUUUCAUCAUCGAUGAUUCGUACUUUCCAAAAUAUACACCAUAUCCGAUGGAUUUUAACGUUUCCAUCGAUUACUUUGAAAAUCAAGAACUAAUUGCAAUGCUACAGGUUAAAGGUUCCACUGUGCCAAAGGUGAAGAAAUGAAAGAAAGUUCUACCACCAAU